CACACAAGCUUGUAUAAAUAUAUGAACUAACAUGAUGUCCUUAGCUCGGUCCAUAUACUGCUACGAAUGUGACAGUUGGACGGAUAUUCGCUGCAAGGAUCCUUUCAACUACACAGCCCUGCCACGUGAUCAACCACCACUGAUGACAUGCAAUGGCUGUUGUGUGAAAAUGGUCCGAAAUGCAAGAUCACGUGAGUACAUUGUUUACUUUUACUUCUCAAUCCCACAUGCAAUGACUAUUCCAUUAUAUAAUAUGAGAGUGUACGUCGUACUUGUACAUCACAACUACAGAUCAACUUAUUCAUGGUGGAUCACGUCUGCAUGAUGGAAAGUAGCGGCACGGGUCACAUGUGCUUCUGUGAAGAGGAUAUGUGGGUAUGGUGGGGGGCAGAUACAUGAUAAUGAAAACCAGGCUGCUAUUUAG